GGGAUAGCUUUACAAGUGUCAGCGAAAGCGUUCCUGGAAUAUGCUUAAACAGCCAAAGGGGAGCCUUUACCCAAGUGAGAGAAAAGCUUGUGUCUUACUCUCGCAACUGCCGUGUCAGCUGGGACCAAAAUUCUUCAAGUAGCCUCUGACCCCUAUGGGUAUCAAAUGAUUAUGGGCAUGUGGUGAGAGGCGAUAGUAACAAGCACAAGAUCCUGGGAAAAUAGCCGAGUCUCACUCUCUAAUCUGAGACAAGCAAGUCUUAUAUUUUGACAUAACAUAGGGAGUCUAACACGUGGCUUAGGGUCCAGCACCAAGGACUUUACCCAGCUCACUGACAGGGACCCGAGCUGUCUGCCUGAGCCAGAUCUUCAUAUAGAGAUUGUUUUUAGGAUUGCUGCAUUCACAGGAUAAAGCAGACCUCUAAAGAUAAGAGAUAUAUGUAAAUAAAAAAUAACAACAGAAACACAUAGACAUCGUUCAUCGUCUUUAGAUCUGAGACAGGAAUAAGGCUCCAGAAGGAACUGCUGGAUAAGAUUUGCCUGUCGCACAAUCUGUCAGAGCCCUAACAUUUCUCUCUGUGCUGGUGAAGGACUUUAGCUUUAGCUGCCUAAAGAAGAGAACAGACAGAGGGAUUCAGAAGUGACUGAAAGGGAAAAAAGGGUCUGUAAAGACCAACCCUCCAUCCUUAAAACAUCCAGGGACAUUUUUCCUGCUCUGCUUCUGCAAGACCCUGCAGGCUGCAGUCAUGAUUUUGGGUAGCAUUAACAGAAGUUGUGGCCUGCCGACCUUGCUACGUCCCCCAGCAGCCAUGGUACAGCGCCCACUCCAUAUCAAACCCUUCCUGUCAUUUCCUGUGGAGCCUCAGCCGGCCUUGGGUCUGUUUCCUGCAUUUAGAACGAUGGACCAUGUGCAGAAAGCAGUGAUGAGUCCGAAUUUUGGGGUACCAAUUAUCAAAACAAGAAGACCGGUCAUUUCCUGCAAUGUCUGUCAGAUCCGUUUCAACUCUGGGAACCAGGCAGAGGCACAUUAUAAAGGAAACCGGCACGCACGACGAGUGAAAGGGAUUGAAAAUGCCAAAUCUCGACAAAAAGAAGGUGGACAAGAAGGAGAAAGAAGCAGUGAACAAGAAGGAGAAAGAAGCAGUGGACAAGAAGGAGAUAGGAGCAGUGGACAAGAAGGAGAUAGGAGUACGCCUAUGAUUAGUCCUGUGCCCAGUGUCAGCGAGAGCGAUUCUGACUGCAAAGAUCAACAAUGCAGUGACAUGGAUGUGCCAUCUGUUGAGAGCUUGGAAACUCUGACCUCAAUCCUAAACAGUGACAGCACUAGUCCCCCCUCAACCGAUGCUGCAGGGAAUGAUGCCAAAUCACCCACACCUUCAGCUCCCGCUAGCAGUGGAACAGAUGGCGAAGAUUCCAAGAAACAGCUGUAUUGUGCACUGUGCAAGGUAUCUGUGAACUCUACGUCACAGCUGGAAGCCCAUAAUAAAGGUACCAAGCACAAGACUAUCCUGGAAGCACGAAGUGGGUUAGGUCCAAUCAAGGCUUAUCCACGACUGGGAGGAUUGAGCAGUUGUUCGAAUGGACCUUCAGAUUCCAACAGUCAAGAGAGAACUUUCCACUGUGAGAUCUGUAAUGUCAGAGUGACUUCUGAAGGGCAACUUAAACAGCACAUCUCAAGUCGCAGACACCGUGAUGGAGUUUCUGGGAAACCUAACCCCUUACUGAGCAGGCACAAGAAACAGCAGAACUUUCACGAACUUACGGCUGGGUUGGUGUUCCCCAAAGGCCUCACCAAGUCAUUAUCUGCAGGGCUUCUCCCCAGUCCAUUUGCAGUUGCAAUGGCAGCAGCCUCAGUUAGGUCUCCUCUAAGUUUACAUCCAGCACCCACACCUCCCCUUCUGCAAACACCACCUAUCACUCAUCACCUACUCCGACCAGCUCCUGGGCCCAUCAGAACUGCACAUGGCACUAUCCUCUUCUCCCCUUACUAAGAAGACAUAUCUGCCUGUACCUCUCUCACUGAUUCACUGGAAAGUAAACCUGCACCCAGAGGACUAAGGCAGAACUUGUCCAGGUCUCCCAAGGCUCAGAUGUUACCCUUCCCUCAAAAAACAUAGUAUAUGGAACAUCUCACCAUGCACAGCUCUUGCCAGGACACAUACAGCAUCACUGGGAAAAUGGGCUAGUGUUGUGUGGAACCUCAUUGCUUUCUGUGGUUAUGGGCAUUAUAAAGUUGUCAUCAAAGGAGGUACCAAAAGGCAAGGAUGUUUCAGCCACAAGCUAAUACAUGACAGGACACACUCUACAUGUUUAAAAGGACUGAUGGCUCAGGGUUUACACUCUACAUCUUUAAAAGGACUGAUGGCUCAGGGUUUAAGUACUAAGGCACAUGGCCAGAAGUGAAAAGCUAAGUGGAUGCACAAAUAUAUAAGCUGGAGCCUGUAGCCUCUAAGGCUCUAGCAAAGAUUCAGUGGGAUUGAGAAUCUGUUGCUAAGGAGUUGCUGUAUUUCUUGGGUUAAACUGGACAGUUCAAAGAAUUUGUAAAGUGGUUAAGAUAAUUAUUUCUGUAACCUUGAAAAUGAAAACUGGAUGAUACAUUGGUAAGGGAUUCUUAAGCACUAUGGGGAGGGGAUGACUCUGAAAAGGGAACAAGGAAGCAGAGAUUGUUACUAAAAUUGGACUGCUUUAUCUCUGAGAUGUGUGAGGACUGUAAUCUGAACCAUGCUGCUGUGCUCAUAUACUUCUGCUUAAAUCAGCAAUAUGCUAUAGGCUACAACUGGCCAUUUCACAUCCCGUUUCUCCACUACCCAUGACCCAUCCAACAAAUCUCCUUGGCUUUAUUAUAUGUGUAGCUUUAGACAAGAACCUUACUCACCACUAACUUCAGGGAUAAAGCAUGUGUUCUUGUCUUGGGUUAUAUGAGAUCUAGUAUGUAAGGUUUAAACUUCUUAUCUAGUUAAUGCAGAGCAUGUUCUGCAGAUCUCUUGCGGCAAAUGGGAAACAAUAAUCUGACUACACUUCCCUUUGCAGAUUCCACUUGAACCACAGGGUGUUUCCACUAAAUAACUGUAGCCAUAGAUGUGUUUUAUGUCAUACUAGGACCACUUGACUAAAAGUCUGUUUGGAAUAGAUAUAAGAGGCUAUAUGCCCUUUUUAUCCAGCAGACGUAAUGGGUGGGUUUUAGAUCCUGUAAGUGUUUUAAUAAUGCAUUGCCUUUUCUUAGAUAACUGGUAUAGUUAUAAAAUAAAACAUUAUACAUCUGCUGUUUCAAAAGUCACCAGCUGGUGGCACUGUUUAAGUUAAACUACAGCAGAAAAGGUGAAAAUAUAUAUAGAAACACACUUGUACCCUUAAUUCAAAGGCAGCUGUAAGAUGUUUUUGACAUUCUUAACAAGUGGUCAGCGGCGCAUUCAGUGAUUGCAUUGAAUUUGCUGCUAGGAUAUUCAUAAUGUGUUACUGCCAGCUCUGACAACCAAGUGUCAGAGGAUCUCUUAAAUAGAAGAGACACUUCACAUCCUAAAAAUGAAAAGUAGAUCCUCUCUCAGCAGACUCUUAUACCCUCAUCUGAGUUUCUAUUCAUCAACAACUCAGCUAUAGAUCUCCUCAGACAACUGCAGUAAUUAUGUUUCACCAGUGCUGUGCGGCCAUUGUUGUAGAGCGUAGAACAGAGCACUUGAAUUCUUGAAGUAUUCCAUUAAGUGCAUCCUUUAUUUUUUUUUCUUUGCAGCAUGGUCAUGCCAAGCAUUUGUAUUGGUGGUGUAUUCAAACAAGUCAGCUAUGAGGCACAUUAAUCGCACAAAUGUUUCACUAUAGCCUGUAUACGUUGACAAUCGCUAUAUUUGGCAGAUAAGACCUUUUUUUAAUAACUCUAUGCAAGCGUUAUUGUGAUGCAUACAAUUUACUUGUUGAUAAUUACACCUCUCACUUAUGUAUGUGAAUAUAUGUUCAUUCAAUACAAGUGGUAUAAAACCAAGUUUAACAUCUGAUAUGGAGUGUGAUAGAUAAUAAAAAUUCAAUUUAUUUCUAAAGUAAAUAUGGAACAAUAUUCCAAAACUGAAAAUUGUAGAUUUUGGACAUAAUAGAUGUCAAUAUUUUAAUGUGGUCGAUGAAUCGUUAUUAAUAAUAUGGAGCCAAAGUGUGUCUGCCGUGAAAAACUAAUAAUGUGUGUCCACCAAAGAAGCACUAUGUGGUGAAACUGGCGUGUGAGAUGGAAAACCACUUUGAAAAGAUUAGUUUAUGCACAAAAUGACUGCCAUAUUAACUAAAGAAAACAGUAUUUGUCUGAUUGUUUCUAGAUGAACUGUUUUUCUUUGAUAGUUAUGUAGGUCUUUUAUGCAUCAUAUUUUCAGUUGGAAAAUACCCAUCUCCCUAGUUUAAAAAGCAAUGCUAAUCCCAUUUUCUAUCACCUGUUGUUGGACUGUGGUCAACGGCUGCCCAUUGGUACAGACAUAUUGGCUAACUGCUGUGUAUACUGUCUGAUUAAUAUAUUCAUAUAUUUACUGGAAGAAAAAGCCAUUAGCCCUUCUUAUUUACCAUAUUUGCAGCAUUGUUUAGCCUGCCUAGAAUUUAGCACUUGGCUGCAAGAGGGAUCCAAAAGGCAUGUUAUACACCAUGGUACAGAAAUGAUAUUUCUUCAGGGUAAAAAUGAUUAUUUUGUUAAAGGGACAUGAAACUUACAUUUUUUCUUUUGUGGUUUAGAGACAACAUCUAAUUUUAAACAACUUUCCAAUUUACUUCUGUUAUUCUAAUUUGGUUUUCUUGGCAUCCUUUGUUGAAAAGCAUACCUAGGUAUGCUCAGAAGCUGCUGAUUGGUGGAUGCAAAUAUAUGCCUUAUGUUAUCGGCUCACCCAUAUGCAUUGCUGUUUCUCCAACAAAGGAGACCAAGAGAAUUAAGCAAAUUUGAUAAUAGAACUAAAUUGGAAAGUUGAUUAAAAUUGUAUGCUCUGUGUGAAUCAUAAAAGAAAGAUUUUAGGUUUUAUGUCCUUUAAGGUUCACCAUUUCUUUAUGUGUGUAUGGGACAGUAAAGAGUAUUUCGCUCUGCCUCGGGUCUUAUUUUUCACCUGGGCACACACUGUUUUUGUUGAGCAAUGUGGGAAGCUGUUGUGUGGAGUUGAGCAAAAGGCAUUGCUGAAGUACAGACAGUUAUUUACUCCAUAGAACAAAUACCACAUUAUGAUCAUACUUAAAGGGAUACUGAACCCAAAUUUUUUAUUUCAUGAUUCAGAUAGAGCAUGCAAUUUUAAGCAACUUUCUAAUUUACUUCUAUUAUCAAUUUUUCUUCGUUCUCUUGCUAUCUUUAUUUGAAAAAUAAUGCAUCUAAGCUAAGGAGCCAGCAAAUUUUUGGUUCAGACCAUGGACAGCACUUUUUUAUUGGUGCUGUCCAAUCAGCAAGGAUAACCCAGGUUGUUCACCAAAAAUGGUCCGGCAUCUAAACUUACAUUCUUGCUUUGCAAAUAAACAUAGCAAGAGAAUGAAGAAAAAUUGAUAAUAGGAUUAAAUUAGAAAGUUGCUUAAAAUUGCUCUAUCUGAAUCACGAAAGAAAAAAAUUGGGUUCAGUGUCCCUUUAAAGAAUGUUUUGAAGGAAGAAAGGUUUCACUGCAAUAAGCUGUGUCACUGUAGACACAAUAAAGCACUCAGAAGUGAAACCAUUUAUAAUACAAUUUAACCUACCAUUCCAAUCCAUGAGAAUUUGCAAUACAAAAGCAUUGUAUGUAUCUCCAGCAAUGUUUGGCUUCCUUUCUAAGGCAUUCUGAACCAUUUGAAUAGCUAUGGUUUUUAAUUAAGCCACAAAAAUUACUUAACACUUCUAUAUCCAAAUUUUACUUGGAUAACAGGAAAAACCCAGGUAAAUCAUCAAAAAAAAACAAUAAUAGGCAUGUCACAGAGUUUUCCAUUUUUGCCUGUUUGCGGGAGUGCAAUAAUUAACCAGCCAUUACCCCUUUAAACACUGGAGAAAGGCUUUUAGAAGAGCCAAGAUAUACCAAUGAAAAGAUGCCUUUUUAAACAAAGUCAUGGCUGUGGAAAUAGAAAAGACCAGUAAUCAUAUAAAAUGCUGCUAGGAAAGUGUUUCUGAUAGAUAGGAAUGCUGCUGAUCACUUCUUCUAGUUCAAAUUAUCGCUAAAAUGUACUCCAUGAAAAGCCACUGGAAACACAACACAAUAACUGAAUUUUCAAAUGGAUUGGAAUGGCCUAAAACCCUGCAAAAGCCAUGUGAGACUAUUUGGCCGAUUUAUCAAGGCUCGCCGGAAACAGCAGUCUUAAGACCGCUGCUCCUUAACUGGUCCGCCUGCUCUGAGCGGCAGACAGCAAUCAACCCGAUCACAUACUACCGGGUUGAUUGACACCCCCUGCUAGCGGGCAAUUGGCCGUGAAUCUGCAGGGGGCAGCAUUGCACAAGCAGUUCACCAGAACUGCUUGUGCAAUGUUAAAUGCCGACAGAGUAUGCUUUUGGCAUUCAGCGAUGUCUGUCGGACAUGAUCUGCUACAGCGUAUCAUGACGGACAGACAUUGAUAAUUCGGCCCCAUUUACUGGAAAAGCCUCCUACAUGAGCAGUGUAAGAAUCACAACAUCAAUGCCUAAUGUUUCCUACCACACAGCAGGCUCCUUACAAUCUUCAUGUCUUAUUGAUAAAUCUAAAUAAAACAUGUGUCUUCCUUUUUUUAAAAAACAA